CAGCCGCGCCAACUCCUUCGCUCUUCGCCCGCCGCCGCCAUUGUCCCCGCCGUCCCCGCCGUCCACGCCGGCGCCGCGCUGAGCCGCCGACGUCGGAGCGACUGCGACUCCUCCUGUCGCCGCCCGCCUUCUCCAGUUCUCCCCUCUGCCCGUCUCCGUUUGGCCGCCGCCCGCCUUCUCCUGCUCUUGGCUGCUCCACGCCUCCACCGAUCCGGCGCUCCACCCUUCAGCCCAGAGGAUUGGUAAAUUGUUACUGAUUAGUGAUAUUGCGUCGUUAUUUCAGAACCAUGCGGCCGCUUGUGGAUGCUGACUACCCAAGGAAAAAUUCCUAGCUACGCCACUACCCACCAUCGCGGCCGCUGCUUUCCCCUCCCUGCCCCAAAUGCUCCCGGCCACCUCCACCGUCCCACCCACCUCGCCCCUUCCCCACUCCCGCGCUGCCCCGCGCCGCCACCUCCGCGCAGGGCUUCUCCACGGGUCCGUGGCGACGGCGGCGGUGGUUCGGGCGUGCGGGGUGACGACGGGCCACCGUCGGAGGAUGGGCUCGGUUCGGGCGAGCCCCAGGGCAGGCGGAUGGGAGGUGGCGAUGGCGGAUAAGGAGGGGGUAGGGGUGGAGCGGCUAGUGGAGGUGGCGCAGAGGGCGGCAGACGCCGCAGGGGAGGUGCUCAGGAAGUACUUCCGGCAACGCGUCGAGAUCAUCGACAAGGAGGAUCAGAGUCCUGUAACUAUUGCAGAUAGAGAAGCGGAAGAAGCAAUGGUGUCAGUCAUUCUGAAGAGCUUCCCUUCCCAUGCCGUUUUUGGUGAGGAAAAUGGUUGGAGAUGCGUGGAAAAGUCUGCUGAUUAUGUUUGGGUUUUGGACCCCAUAGAUGGAACAAAAAGCUUCAUAACUGGCAAGCCUCUGUUUGGUACGCUUAUUUCACUCUUGUACAAGGGGAAGCCGGUUAUUGGCAUCAUUGAUCAGCCAAUCUUGAGAGAAAGAUGGGUUGGGGUUGAUGGGAUGAAAACAACCUUAAAUGGACAAGAAAUAUCUGUUCGCCCUUGCAAUGUCCUGGCACAAGCUUACUUAUAUACAACAAGUCCACAUUUGUUUGCAGGAGAAGCUGAAGAUGCAUUUAUUCGUGUACGGGAUAAGGUCAAAGUCCCACUGUAUGGUUGCGAUUGCUAUGCCUAUGCUCUUCUUGCCUCUGGUUUUGUAGAUCUUGUUGUUGAAUCAGGAUUGAAGCCAUAUGAUUUUCUCUCAUUGGUACCAGUCAUUGAAGGAGCUGGAGGUUCAAUAACAGAUUGGAAAGGAAACAAGCUCCAUUGGCCUGUCUCUGCGGAAUCACGGCCUGAAAGUUUCAAUGUGGUGGCAUCUGGAGACGCCCGUGUCCACAAGCAGGCCCUUGAUGCGUUGCAAUGGCACUAGUCUGCAAAACACAUCCAAGUUUGGUCUCUAAACAAACAUGAAUGUGUUAUUCAUGUGUCCAAUAAACAGUGUAUUUUGUAUGCUUGCGCCGUGAGCGACUAGUUAUUCAAAUUGCACUGCCACUAAUAAAAUCAAUUUGAUGGUUAUUCGGCUA